CCAGCUCAGACUGACCCUACCACCACGAUGUCCACCAAGACUCUGCUGUUUGCAGCUGCUCUGCUCAUCUGGAUCGCCUCUCUCCAUGCGUUGCCGAGGCUGGGGUGUAUGUGUGUCCAGACCAUAGAUCGACCCAUCAGUCUCAACUUUGUCCGAAAGAUCGAACAGCGUCUUCCAUCUGGGUCCUGCCGCCGCAUUGAGAUCAGGAUGACCAUGAGAAACAAACGUGUGAUCUGUGCCAAUCCCAGUGACAAGUGGGUCCAAGAUAUGCUCCUGGAAGUUCAAAAGAAGAAUACUAACGAGUCUCAGUUGAGCACCAGCCAACUGUAAACAAAAUAGAAAAAAAGACAUUUACUGUAAAAACAAAUCAAUGAAACUGUGAUCUACAGGACACUGAAUUGUACUGGCAGCUUUUCUGUUGCUCACAAUAAUGUAACUAUCUU